CACUUAAAGGCGCUGGUUCAGGGUGCCAGCCAUUCACUCAGAGAGAGAGAGAGAGAGAGAGAGAGAGAGAAGGCCACACCAGACUUUGACUUGUGUAGGACUUUUUAAGACUUUGUGUGUUUGCAAACCCACCUCAGGUAAAUGGACAGCAGGAUCAGACCGCUCGGCCCAAACCCUCUCGGUGGCUACCCUUCUCCUCUCUUCCUCCGGGCUUGCAACCCGGCUCUGGAGAGAGGAUACCCGCGCACCCCGAAGUGCGCCCGCUGCAGAAACCACGGCGUGGUGUCCGCGCUGAAGGGCCACAAGCGCUUCUGUCGCUGGAGAGACUGCGUGUGCGCAAAGUGCACCCUGAUAGCGGAGCGGCAGCGCGUGAUGGCCGCGCAGGUGGCGCUGAGGAGGCAGCAGGCGCAGGAGGAGAGCGAGGCCCGCGAGCUGAGGAUCAUGUACCCGGGCUCCUCGGGGAUCCCAGAGGGGUCACCAGCAGGACCAGUAGCUCCCGGCAACACUCCAGCAGCAGCUCCCGGGUUUGAUAUUUUUGGAGCAGAGAACCAAAAGAAUGAUGACAAACUGAGCAAGUACCACUUUUAUAACGGAUUCAUGGGUCGACCCCUGACCUUUGCUCCCCACACCGCACGGCUGACCUCUCCAAUUGACAAGAAAGAUCUGUCUCCAAACAACAAGGACAACAGCGCUUCAUUCAACGACGACAGCGCAAGUCCAUCAUCCCCAGUGUUUGACCAGCGCUCAGACCACUUAGAGAGUCCGCAGAGGUCGCUCUCCUCCUCGGAUCCGGAGUCGGGCAGUGAGUCGGAGAAGCCCAAGGACUACCGGAGCCUGGAGCGGGACCCCACUGACAUCAUGGCCAAGAUCUUCCCCCAUCAGAAGCGGGACACCCUGGAGUCCAUGGUGAGAACGUGCAAAGGCGACAUUGUCAGAUCCAUUGAGCUGGUGUUGAGCUCCAAAGACUCUGAUAGCUUGUCCCUGCGCCCAAACGCACUCAGGCCUCCUGUCGGAUUGCCCGGAGCGUUUGGUGCUCAGGGGAACAAAUCCGCCUUCUCCCCGCUCCAUAUGCCACCGACCGACAGUCUGUAUGGUGUCAGCCCCUUACGGCUGGCCUAUUCCUCUGCAAACGGCGGUAUGGCAGGUUUUAUGUCACCAUACAUGACAUCCGGACUGAUGCCAAUGUUCCCACUGCGUCCACCCAUGGACUCAUAUUCCUUCCCGGGCAUGAUCCGAGACCUUUCUUACCUUCAGAGCAAGGAGUCACUAUGCAGCAGUGCAGGUCUUUACACAAGACUCAACAGUGAAAAAUGACAAUUUUUAAUAAUGUUAUCCUUUUAGGUAGUCUUAUUGUAAAUUUGCUUUCAGUAUACCUUUAAAAUCGCCUUUCAAGUGCCUCAACCCCAAAGAGCUGAUUGAAAUCACUGCAUUGGACAAUUUCCAUUUGUUUUUUAUACUGUAAAUGUUGUAAAGAUUGUUUUUUAUUAAUAAAACUAUCAAAAGGUG